UAUCAAUGUACACUCUCUUCGCAGCAUGCUCUUAGCUUUUCCUCGUCCUCGAAUUUCCGUCGGCCGAUUUACUCAAGUCGCUCUUGUGAUGUUUGUGUCGUGUUCAGUGUUCUUUGGCUUCAGGCACUUGGCUGCGCAAACCUCCUUUGGCUCAGAUAUUCUCGCAAGUUUUGAUCUAUCGUCUUCUAGUAAAGAUGGGAACGCCACUUUGCUUGCACUCGCUCCGUCGUACAUCAACGCCAUCAUGAAUCCGAAUGACGAGUCUUUCUCGCAAGCAGAGUGUCCCAAACUCAAAGCUGGGAGGUACGAUUAUCUUCCCGGCGUUUCGGAUACCCCGAUAUCAAGUACUUCUUUGCGCUUGAUCUGCACCAAAGUGCAAGCAUUAUACCCCCCUUACUCGGCUCGAUCGUGGAAGUGAUGAACUUCCUGGGUCCAGAAAAAUGCACCUUGUCUAUUGUUGAGGGACACUCGACCGACGGAACUUUCGAAAUACUGAAGCUGCUUCGUUCGACAAUCGAACAGUUAGGAGCUUCGUACUCAUUUGUUUCCAGCGGCCUCGACUCGAAAGUGGGCGGUCGUAUUGAAAUCCUAGCAAAAUUUCGCAACCUAGCUCUCGAGCCACUCAUGGGAUCCUCUAACCUAGACAAAACUACGGUUGUCUUCCUGAACGACGUCGCUAUUUGCUCAGAAGACAUUCUUGAGCUGAUCCAUCAGCGUGUUCAGCAGAAAGCCGACAUGACUUGCGCUAUGGACUGGACGUAUGUCGGAAAUGAUCCCACGUUCUACGAUGUGUGGAUCGCGCGAGGCAUGACUGGAGAUUCCUUCUUCGACAUUCCCGAGGAUGGGAAUUGGGAUUCAGCUUGGAACCUCUUUUGGAACGACCCUAUGGCUCAGAGUCGGCUCAAUAAUCGGCAGCCCAUUCAAGUAUUUUCCUGCUGGAAUGGUGCUGUUGUGUUCGCGGGUGAAGUGCUGAAGAAGAUAAAGUUUCGGCGCUCCGGAGAAGUGGAGUGUUAUCAAGGAGAGCCGAAAUUGUUCUGCAAAGAUAUGUGGUAUCAUGGCUAUGGAAAGAUUGCUGUUGUUCCAUCAGUCAGCAUCAUAUACAGUGACGAUGAUAUGCGGAAGAUAAAGGCGUUGAUAGGCUUCACGUCGGAUUGGACGGAUAAGGAGAGAGAAGGGCAGCAGAUUGAAUGGAAUGAGAACCCGCCAGAGCUUGUCAAGUGUAUGAGGAAUUAUCAGGAUCAGACUUGGGUACCUUGGAACGAGUCCUUGCCAUUGAAGUCAUUUUAAGCUUGCAUUGUGGAACAGAAACCUUCUCCACCCACAAAGCUUGCAGCGGUCCAGUGAGCUCGGUCACCGACCUGUCGAAUUGCAA